GCGAUCGCGGCCACGACACAGCCGCCCGCGGUUCAGUCGCAUGCGCGUCUCGGGUUAGACAACGGAGUGGAAAACUCGGAGCGAGGUCCACGAAGGCGGAAAGCAUGUCAUUGGAAGCAUCCGCCGGUGGAGACGGCGGUGCAUGGGCAUCGGUCUUUCCAUGGCGGGCCCGCCCAAUUCGACUGGCGAAAUUACCACGGGCUCGUAAAUUAGCAGAUCCAGCUGCUUCCAGGAGAGCAAACAGGUCUCACUGUGAUCGAACAUGCGCCGCACGACCUUCGGUUCCAAGAAUCGGGCUUACUGCGCUCUUCGUGUCAGAUUUGGACAUUCGUAGAACCUCGAAAAUCAGGACAAACUACCGGGUUGGCUAUAGUUAGAAUUGCUUUGCUCGUUAAAUCCUGGCAAGAUUUUCUUUUAGAAGAGUGGGGACCAGGUCAUACAGCAAGAGGACGGGAGGACCUAUCGAGCCGUACCAGGAUGAACUCACAACCAAAGUUCUCAGCUGGACUUGGGAUCGAGGCAUUGUCCUCUAAGCACGAGUCUGUACCAAUAUUGACGUAUUUUGGACACUGGGGGUUUCAGGAUAAUACUUCAUUGAAGCGGAUGAUGACGUCCCUCGCUUAUGCUGGCGCUUGCGGAGCAAAAAUCUCUGAAAAUACUGUUCCCCCAUCCUGAUUCCUGAAAGUACCAUGGUCGGCAUCCAGGCCAGGCAGUAAAUCCUGUGUACAGAGUUGUCUACCAGCUAAUGACAGGACGAGUUUACGGUGUCGUUAGAAAACCACGCGAACUUUCGCAAACUGUUGUGCCGUAUCAAACAGGGACAGUCAGGGAGGUAACAUUCAGACUUGUAAGUCUGGAUAUGUACUCGAGCAUGGUGUAAACGAAGAAGAGUUAAACUCCCAACCUACAGUUCAUAGGGAGGCGUGUCCCUGAACUAAAGCCCUGAAUUUUUCUACAGAAAAUCGGAGCCAUUCCCAUGUUUUUAAACUGAUAACCUUGUUGUGAGAGUCUUUCUCCUUCAUCCCUUUUGCAACAACGGUUAUUGGGGUUAAACCCUCUGAUUUGAACAUUUCUUCCCGAUAGUGCUCCAGAAAGCCGACAUACAGAUUUUGGGACAAUUUUCUUUCAAAAAGUAAAUGUUCUGGUAGAAAUAAGUACUUGAAAAAUAUUAGUAAUAAGUGAUACACGUCACUUGAUAACGAUCUUC